AGUGGCUUACUGGUCAGCCAAUCAGUCGAGAGUUUGGGUUGCUUAAAAGAGCUGGCGCGGAGAGAGGCUGGGGAGAGCCCACAGGGAGACCCGCAGACACAUAAAUACGGAGAGACAGAGGAGAGAAGCUGAGACAAAGCACAGCGAGAGGACAGGACGCAAAGGCAGGGCAAGCACAGAGGCGCAGCCAGACAGAGUCCUGCAAAGGGAGAGGCUAGAGAAGCUGUGAGCAGGAGAGACAGGAGGGUGCAGGAAGACAGUUUGGAGAAGCGACCCCUGAGCAGCUCUCUUAAGUACAAGGAUUAACUUUUCUCAUCUGUGAAGGUUCUCAUCCCCUCUGAAAACUGCCUGUGGCCUUGCCACGAGGAAGCCCUAAGCUUUAGACAGGAGCUUUCUACAGCUAAGGUGUAGAGGACCUGGUGACUCCAGAUGGCCUCUGUCCCUGCCAGCAGCAGCCCCUGUGCCAUGUCCCUUACAGGCUCACAUCCCGGGAGGGGCCUGGCUGGGCUCUGGCUGUGGAGAGUCCAUCCUCGCCUGCUGCCCCCUGCAGCACCUCUUGAAGGACUGGUGUGGCUGCUGCUGCUGCUACUGCUGGUCUCUCUCCUGCCCUCAGCCAGGCCGGCUAGCCCCCUUCCCCGGGAGGAGGAGAUCGUGUUUCCAGAGAAGCUCAACGGCAGCUUUCUGCCAGGUUCGGAUGCCCCCGCUAGACUCUUGUACCGUUUGCCGGCCUUUGGGGAGAUGCUGCUGCUAGAGCUGGAGCAGGAUCCUGGUGUGCGGGUUGAGGGGCUGACUGUGCAGUACCUGGGCCAGGCACCUGAACUGCUGGGUGGAGUGGAGCCAGGCACCUACCUAACUGGCACCAUCAAUGGAGAUCCAGAGUCGGUGGCAUCUCUGCACUGGGACGGAGGAGCCCUCUUAGGGGUGUUGCAGUACCGAGGGGCUGAGCUCCACCUCCAACCCCUGGAAGGAGGCACUCUUAACUCAGCUGGGGGCCCAGGGGCCCACAUCCUUCGCCGGAAAAGUCCUGCCAGCGGCCAGGGUCCCAUGUGCAAUGUCAAGGCUCCUCCUAGGAGUCCCCAUCCCGGCCCCCGAAGAGCCAAGCGCUUUGCUUCACUGAGUAGAUUCGUGGAGACCCUGGUGGUGGCCGAUGACAAGAUGGCAGCAUUCCAUGGUGCAGGCCUAAAGCGUUAUCUGCUGACAGUUAUGGCAGCAGCAGCCAAGGCCUUCAAGCACCCAAGCAUCCGCAAUCCUGUCAGCUUGGUGGUGACUCGACUAGUGAUUCUGGGGUCAGGCCAAGAGGGGCCUCAGGUGGGGCCCAGUGCUGCCCAGACACUACGCAGCUUCUGUGCCUGGCAACGGGGCCUCAAUACACCAGAGGACUCGGACCCUGACCACUUCGACACAGCCAUUCUGUUUACCCGUCAGGACUUAUGUGGGGUCUCCACUUGUGACACUCUGGGUAUGGCUGAUGUGGGCACUGUGUGCGACCCGGCUCGAAGUUGUGCUGUGGUAGAGGACGACGGGCUCCAGUCAGCCUUCACUGCUGCUCAUGAACUGGGCCAUGUGUUCAACAUGCUUCACGAUAACUCCAAGCAGUGCAUCAGUUCGAAUGGGCAGGGAAGCAGCUCCCACCACGUCAUGGCUCCUGUGAUGGCUCACGUGGACCCCGAGGAGCCCUGGUCUCCCUGCAGUGCCCACUUCAUCACUGAAUUCCUGGACAAUGGCUACGGACACUGUCUCUUAGACAAGCCAGAGGCUCCCCUGAAUCUUCCUGUGACUUUUCCUGGAAAGGACUACGAUGCUGACCGCCAGUGCCAGCUGACCUUUGGGCCUGAUUCACACCACUGUCCACAGCUGCCACCACCCUGUGCUGCUCUCUGGUGCUCUGGCCACCUCAAUGGUCAUGCCAUGUGCCAAACCAAGCACUCACCUUGGGCUGAUGGCACCCCCUGUGGGCCCACACAGGCCUGCAUGGGUGGUCGCUGCCUCCACGUGGACCAGCUCAAGGACUUCAAUGUUCCACAGGCUGGUGGCUGGGGUCCUUGGGGACCAUGGGGCGACUGCUCUCGGACCUGUGGGGGUGGUGUCCAGUUCUCCUCCCGGGACUGUACAAAGCCUGUGCCCCGGAAUGGUGGCAAGUACUGUGAAGGCCGUCGCACUCGUUUCCGCUCCUGCAACACCCAGAAUUGCCCAACUGGCUCAGCAUUGACCUUCCGUGAGGAGCAGUGUGCUGCCUACAACCAUCGCACUGACCUCUUCAAGGGCUUCCCAGGGCCCAUGGACUGGGUUCCUCGCUACGCUGGUGUGGCCCCUCGGGACCAGUGCAAACUCACCUGCCAGGCCCAGGCACUGGGCUACUACUAUGUGCUGGAACCACGGGUAGUGGAUGGGACCCCCUGUUCCCCGGACAGCUCCUCAGUCUGUGUCCAGGGCCGCUGCAUCCACGCUGGCUGUGACCGCAUUAUUGGCUCCAAAAAGAAGUUUGACAAGUGCAUGGUGUGUGGCGGAGACGGCUCCAGCUGCAGCAAGCAAUCCGGCUCCUUCAGAAAAUUCAGGUACGGGUACAACACCGUGGUCACUAUCCCUGCAGGGGCCACCCAUAUCCUUGUUCGGCAACAAGGACCCCCUGGCCCUCGGAACAUUUACUUGGCUUUGAAGCUCGAAGAUGGCUCCUAUGCCCUGAAUGGUGAAUACACACUGAUGCCCUCCUCCACAGAUGUGGCACUGCCUGGGGCAGUUAGCUUGCACUACAGUGGGGCCACUUCAGCCUCAGAGACACUGUCGGGCCAUGGGCCACUGGCCCAGCCCUUGAUACUACAAGUCCUGGUGGCUGGCAACCCACAGAAUGCUCGGCUUCGGUACAGCUUCUUCGUGCCCCGGCCAGUCCCUUCCACACCACGGCCGCCUCCACAGGACUGGCUGCACCGUCGGGCACAGAUCCUGGAGAUCCUCCGGCGUCGCCCCUGGGCGGGCAGGAAAUAACCUCACCAUCCCGGCUACCCUUUCUGGGCGCCGGGGCCUCAGACUCAGCUGGGAAAAUGAGGGGGCUUCUGCCGCUUCCUCAUGUUAAGACACAGCGGGGAGGGGUUGUGGGGUGCAGCCUACCCCUGCUCUCUGGCCUGCUGUGCAGGCUGGCCCUGCGCUUAUCUCCCAAGAGGGCAGGGAUGGGUUGGUGCACAAAAGGGGCUAGGAGACAGUCUCCUACCUACACUGUCCCCUCUUCCCUGCAGGCCACAGGUGGCAGGGGGAAGGCAGGGAGGGUCCUGGACCCCAGUUAUAUUUAUUAGGUAUUUAUUCACUUUUACUUAGCACCAGGGAAGGGGACAAGGACUAUGGUCCUAGGAAACUGACCUCCACCCCUCAUAGUACUUGCCCUGGCUCGGAAAUCCAGGGUGACAGUGAUAAGUGUAAGUGGUGUGUGUGGGGGUGUGUAUGCGUAAAAAUGUGUGUGUGCACUUAUGUAUGAGGUACAACCUGCCCUGCUUUCCUCUCUCUGAAUUUAAUUUCUGGGGGAGGGAAAAGCCAAGGACAGGAGAAGCCUUCAGGGAGUGACAGGUUAUCAUAUUUGUAAGAUGUAUGUUGAAUUCUUCUAUUUAUGUGCUCCAUUUGAGUCAGACAGGUGUGGAUUGCAUCUUGGCUCCGUGACUCUGAGCAUUAGUUUUCUAAUUUUCCAAUAAUAAUACCUCCUUAGAGAUUCAUUGUUGUGUGGGUAAUGUAAAUAAAGAACUAGCACAAUGCA